AUGGACGAUGGCAACUUGAAAGACAGCAUCGAUCGGCAUGCUCAGGCGGCUGAUGACGAGAUUCGCCUUGCCGCCAGGCAUCGUGAGGCGGCCGACCAGCAUGCGGAGAAUGCAGAGAGCGAGCUUCAACAGGAGCUGCGGGCCGACAGCCGCUUCCACAACGAUGAUAGCCAUCUGGAGCCUAGCCUCGAGCUCACGACUCUUACCAGCCGUUGGUGGUUCGCUUCAGCUGCCUUCCCCAUGAUCGCCGCUACACUUGGCCCCGUGGCAUCGGCCUUCAGCAUCUGCGCCCUGGGACAGCACUGGCGCCAGUACUACCCUCCCGGCACCAAUCUCGACGACGCUCCCUUUCUCCCAGAUCCCGCCUGGUUAACCAUCAUCAACGGUAUUCAGUUGGUGGUCGCUCUGCUGGCAAACGCAUCACUUCUCCUGAACAUGACCAAACGACUCCGAUUCACCAUUGCACAACCCAUCACCAUCAUUGGUUGGUAUAUAUCCGCAAUACUUCUCAUCGCCCUUGAUGCCACGGCCUCGGGCCCCUUGAUGAAUGGUCUGGGCCAGUACGCGAGCGAUUGCAUCUGGUCACAGGCCUUCUACUAUGGGAUCUGGGCCGCUAUCCUAUACUUCGUCACCGCUUCUCUAAUGGUCGUCACCUUUUACGGCGCCUUAUCGGGCCACUACAGCAAGGACUUUGACCUCACCCCUAGCCAACGGACCCUUAUGCUCCAGACUGUCCUGGUCCUCAUGUAUAUUCUGCUUGGGGCCCUCGUCUUUUCUCACAUCGAGGGCUGGAGCUACCUUGAUGCCGUCUACUGGGCCAACGUGACCCUCUUUACUGUCGGCUUUGGCGACUUCUGUCCCGUCACCGAGCUCGGCCGUGCCCUGCUCAUCCCCUACGCCCUCAUUGGCGUCCUUAGCCUCGGUCUUGUCAUCAGCUCCAUUCGCAGCAUGAUCCUCGAGCGUGGACGUCGACGCUUCGACGCCCGGAUGGAGGAGAGGAAGCGCCGCCGUGUCAUUCGCACCAUGGCCAAGAAGGGCAAAGACGAAAUACUGACGCCCCUCGAGCGUGAGCCCACCGUUCACGACAUUCCCGAAGGCGAGCUCGAGCGGCGGCGAAUUGAGUUUGAGCUGAUGCGAAAGAUCCAAAACAAAGCCUCGACCAGACGAAAAUGGAUGGCAUUGAUCAUCUCUGCAGCCACUUGGUUUUGCUUGUGGUUCCUUGGCGCCCUCGUCUUUCGUGCCGUCGAGGAACCAUACCAGGGUUGGACAUACUUCAAUGCCGUCUACUUCUGCUUCGUAUCUCUCAUGACCAUCGGCUACGGCGAUCUCGUUCCGGUGUCAAACUGCGGAAAGUCCUUUUUCGUCUUUUGGUCCCUCAUGGCCCUACCCACCAUGACGGUUCUCAUCUCUAACGCUGGAGACACGGUUGUUAAGCUUGUUCGAGACAUCACCAUUACCAUUGGAAACAUCACGAUACUGCCCAGUGAAGAAGGUUUCACCAAGAAUUUCCAAUGCAUCGUCUACCGUGUUACCUUUGGCUGGCUCUUCAAGAACGCCAUGUCCAUGGCCCACGACGCCUCCCACCUCGAUCGUCCUGACCUCCAGUCUCGGUCCAGCACCUUCAACAGCAAGAAGGAGCGGAAGAUGGGUGAUAAGAGAACGUCUCACAGCAACUCCACCACCUCUGCUAGGCCAAGCCGACCUAGAUCCACCCCAAGCACUAACCUCCUCACCCCCAUGACCACUCAGGCCCGACGGUCUCUUACCAUUAUCCGCUCCAGGCUGGAUGACCUGCCCACGGGCAAUGACUUCAACCUCAUCUUGAUAUCAGAGAUACAGGCUGUCACCAAGCACAUCGGCGAGGCUGUGCCUCGCCGGUACACUUUCGAGGAAUGGGCUUGGUAUCUUGGCCUGAUGGGCGAGGACGAGCGGGACCCCGAAACCCAUCGCAAGGCGAAAUCAAAGACGAAUAGUCAGCGGCCGCAGCGCAGCAAUGGCUCCUCGUAUCGCAUGCCGCGUCUCCGCAAUCAGGAAAGCAGCCAUCAGUCGCAGGGGGGGGAUCCCACUGUAACGGAAAACCGCCUGGACGACCAGACCACAGACGAUGAGGAGAAUCUCAAGUGGUCAUGGGUCGGCCACAGAAAUCCCCUCAUUGGGGGGCAGGAAGAGAGCGAGUGGAUACUGGAGCGGCUCAUGGCUAGACUCAAGGAGUCGCUAUGGGAGACGAAGAAGGAGGCCGAGGGUUCCGUUGCGGAUUCAAUGUGA